AUGACUCCCGAAUUUCUCCCUUCUGACACUGGUGAGACCAAUAAGGUUGCUGCGAUUGACCUAUAUAUUGAUAACUACCUCGUUUCCACGGUAGGCUCUCCAAGACAAUGCAUUGAACUAGCCAACCGAGACGUGUUCAACCACAAGUGUCCUUCGCAGAACACAUUUCUGUGGACUCAGAUAUACCACUGGCUAUUGGAUCAGUAUGGAUUAACCGGUUUGCAGGAUGAAGAGCUGGGCUCUGAAUUGAUCCGUAUCGGGAUUAGGUACCUGUACAAGGUGAGGCUAGAUAAGGUGUUUGAAGAGACGGUUUUGAUCGGUCCUUUCGAAGGUAUAAUCGACAUUUUUGCACAACUUACAAUCAGAUAUCCAAAUGAUAUGGCUUAUGAGUCGUUUAGGCAAAUUUGCACCCGUUUCGAGAAACCUGUGCUGAAUAAGGUGGUUGUGAAGACCAUGGAAGUGUUUCAUGCGACUGAAAACUGGCGAUUUGCGUUCGAUUUGGCAAACAAAGGUCCCAUAACAGAAAUAUCGAAUCGGAUCUCGAUUGAGGGCGCGACAGAGUAUUUUUACUGGGCUUCAGUGUGUUGUUUCAACGCUUUGGAGUUUGAGACUGCUCGCCUCCAGUUGAGGAGUUUGAUGACUCUACUUUCGCUUGUUGACUCUGUGCGAACUGAAUGGGAUCUUUUUGGAUUAAUGAUGGUGAAUGAUAUGCUUAAUGACGAUAACCUGGCCAUGGAAAGUGCCAUAACCAGACGGCUGGAGAACUCUGUGGAUGACGAAUGGGUGGACGGAUUAUCUCAAUCAUUUGCUGACUUCAAUAUUCCGGCCAUGCUACAAGCUGUGAGUGGAAAAUUCCGCCUAGGCAGUCACCAGCCUGAAGAAAGCUACCGUAAAGCAGUUUUCGGACUUAAAAGCGAUGUUUUUUCGAGCGUGGUAAACCAAGCCAGAUUGAAUAAGAUACUGUGUGCCAUAUCCCGUCAUAGUCGGAUGAAAGUCGAGGAUAUUGAAAAGAAAUACGAUUUGCAUGUAUCAACAUUGGAGAAAUACGGAUUUCUAGAACUUCCAAACACCGCCACACUUCUGAAGAAAUAUAGCCAUGAUUGGGAGUUAAUUGAUGAGGGUAGCGGAGCUGAAAUGGUUAGAAAGGCUGGUGAUACUAGUGUUGAUCUGAGACGAGCUAUCGAAGUACUGAGGAAGCAAAACGGAGAUCUUGUCGAGUCAAUUGAUGGACUGCAAACAAGACCGUUGGUGUUGAAGAAGGUGGAUGUUUAUGAAGAAUGA